UAUGCUCUUAUUUAUAUGUGGACAGGAAAAAAGAAAGGUGCCUUGUCAGUGGAAACUUUGGAGAAAAUGAUGGAAGAUCCAACAGUGCAGAAGAUGGUUUAUCCAUAUUUGCCGGAGGAGAUGAGGAAUCCUACUACUUUCAAGUGGAUGCUCCAGAAUCCUCAAUAUCGUCAGCAAUUGGAGGAAAUGCUGACCAAUAUGGCUGGAAGUGAAGAAUGGGACAAGAGGAUGAUGGAUACCCUGAAGAACUUUGAUCUCAACAGUCCUGACAUUAAGCAGCAGUUUGAUCAGAUUGGACUUACACCUGAAGAAGUUAUCUCUAAGAUUAUGGCCAAUCCUGAUGUUGCCAUGGCAUUUCAGAACCCAAGAGUUCAGGCGGCCAUAAUGGAUUGUUCACAGAACCCCCUGAGCAUUUCAAAAUAUCAGAAUGACAAGGAGGUUAUGGAUGUUUUCAACAAAAUAUCAGAACUUUUCCCUGGGGUGACUGGUCCACCUUGAUUUUAGUUUGUUGACAGCUGCUGCUUUCUGGGGUUUAUUGUGUUCAUUCUUAUUUCCAGAGCAAUAAGAAUUUAAUCUGAAGUAGAGACUUAGUAGACAUGCAAAAAAAUGUGCAAAUUCUUAGGUAUAUCUUCAUCAGAUAGCGUUUAUGAUGUGAGUUUUGCAAGUUUUGUAAGCUAGCUAUAAGUAUAGUUAGAUGUUAACUUCGGCAUUAUUUGGGUAUAAAUGGAUACAUGUUUUAUAAAAUUUAAUCAUGUCUUUUAA